UUUCUCCUCCUCCCCCCGUCCUCAUUCUCCUUUCCACACUUUCUUACCUUCAAAGUGUCCAAACAGUUACAAACUACAUCAAACUCGUCAACAAUUACAGUCGCAUUACAGUCACACCCUCUCUUUAGAUUUCAUUUCAUUACCCCGUACUAUCCGUUCAGUAGUUGUCUUUUCGUUAAUUCAGUUUUGGCGAGUUCCUGUACUCAGCCUGAACGUACGCUCGCUUUUUUUCCUCGACCUAAUAUAUGCGUCGGAUGUCGCACUGAACGCUCUGUUUCGUGUUCAUUCACUCAAUAUACACUCUUUGAACCUAUUAUUCUUAUAAUUGCAUCGUUACACCCAGUCAUUCGUUCUUUUUAUUUUAUUGCAUUAUGUCGGACCAAAUACCCUCUUUACUCGAUAUCCUCACGAAGCCCUGUGAACGGCCUCUGGAUCUUUACAACUACUAUAUUUAUAUGAUUGAAAACGAGAACAGGGUGGACUAUUUGGAUCUUUGGUUGGAUAUUAUGCAGCAUGCUAUCGUCUGUCGGCAGUAUGUGAAAUCGCUUCGAGACUCCACGGGACAGAUGCUGGAGCCCGGAGCAGAAAGAAACUAUUUACAGGAUGGACAAGACAGAAUUUAUGCCGUAUUGUACGAGGGUAACAACUUGAAUAAUAACAUCGACAGAUUCGCUGCUCACUACGGACCCUUUAAUUUUGACGACUUGUCUGCACGAGAUAGCGUUGCUAGCUCUGCUCGGAAAAUGAUUCAUUUGCGUGCUUCUUACCUUUCUUCUUUGUCGAGCUGCCGUGAACAGGCUACCAAAGCUUACGAAAACGCUAUUCAGCGUAACAACGUCCGCGCCCUCUCUGAACGCAUUCUCUACUCGUAUCUGAUUGAGGGCUCUGAACGUGAAAUCAGCAUUCCUCCUCAAUUAGCUGGUGCUGUCGCAACAGCCAUUGAAGUUGACCAGCGUGAUGAUCCGGAAAUCUUUCAGAGCAUUAAGGACUAUGUCUAUGAGCAUCACCUGAAGCCUACCUAUCACAGCUUCGUACGGAACCGUUUGCACAAAAACAUAACACCGUUCAGUAGUUCGUUGAGGUUCAUAUUAGGCUAUCUUGCUACAUUCGCCGGUUGUUGGUAUGGUUUUUGCGGAAUCUUUUUGGGAUACAGCAUUCGCAGAAGGGUCUGGUCAUUGAUUCCAUUCUUCGUUGGCUAUUAUUUUUUGAUGGCAGCUUGGAAACAAUUGGACCCCGUCCUCGGUAUUCUUGGCUAUACGGAAACAUCCAAUUAUCGCUGUGCUCGCAUCAUGAAUAUGACGGUCAAGCAUAGCAUAUUCCGUCGGUCUACCCGCCUGCUAAUCGUGGUACUGGUUUUGAUCGCAGCGACAACGGCUAUCUUUAGCUGUGUGCCUUCUAGACACUUAUAAGGGUACACGGAAAGACCGGGAUACACGUAAAUGAGGUGGAAUAGCGUAUAAAUUCGUAUUCUUUGGGUUGGUUUGAAAUGAGAUACACACAAACGAUGAAGGUUUAGCUGUCUUUAGGUUCGGAAACAACGGCGGCGGAUUCGGUGGAAGGGUGUUCUGCUGUCGCAGGG